AAUCAAUCGCCCCCAACUUUAUCCUCAAAGGGCUGGCAACCUACAGAAAGAUUCAACGGAGGAUAAUCAUCAAACACCUUGCGUCCUUAUUGGAGAUGACUUCCAAUGUGCCAUUGCAGCCAAUCCCAUCCUCCAAUGUGCGGUUGAUAGGCUGGUGGGCUGUGGACACGCUUUCUUUGUGUGCCGAGUAGAGCCAAAGGAAGAAGGAAAAGGGUGAAGAAGCUAUUUCCCUCACUGAUUUAUGGAUGCAAGAUGAUAUAAGGUAAACCAAUAAGCGAAGGACAACGGCCACAAUAUAAUGUUUGUUUCGGCUAUAGCCACUGGGGAAUCGGUGAGCAUCUAUCCGACUUCCUCUGAGCUGCUAAAGACGUUUCCAGUUCUGCUCUAGAUUGGACGAUGGCGUUCUCACUCGGAUGAGGUAUGUGGAGGAUGGGAAUUGCUGAGUCGGACUCAAGAAACAACUAUUAAAUGCCAUGUUAGCGUUGUUAAACGUUAAUAUCAUAUUUGUACUACUUUGACACCAAAUAUGCGAGUAUAUGUACUUUUUCGUUUCAAAUGCAAUUUGAUAUGCAAUUUGAUGUAAUCUUUACUCCCCAUCUUGAGUUUAUGAUAUAGGCGCUGCGCUCCAAAUGUGGAAAAAACUCAGGAUAUAGGCGCUGCGCUCCAAAUGUGCAUCCUACCAUUAUUUUAGGGUGAUCCGGUGAUGAAACCCACGGCAAUCAGCUUUGAAUAGUAAGGAGUUAAUACAUUCUUGACACCAAAUUCAUGCUUGGUCUCCUCCAUCCCAAUCUUUAGCCGAACGAACGGUGACUCUCAAAUGGCUCCCGUUACAAGGAGUGGGCUGAAUCGCUCUGAAGAUGAGAAAUCUUCUAGCACCAGAAGAGAAUGUGGGAUUUGUAGGGAAGAAGGUGUUGCCAGUUGCACAAUCUUCAAACACUGGGCGAGGGAGAAAGCGCUCUGUUGCUAAGGAAUCUUCAAGCGUAGGGCAAGGUUUUUGCUUCGUCCUGAUGCUGGCUGUGUUGAAUGACUGCAGCUCAAUCAUUUCAUAAAGAUUGGGUCACUAGUUUGUUAUGUUGGGUUAUUCUUCACCUGAAAGAUUGGUAUUUUGCAAGGAAGAAGUGUUACUCUGCUGAUAUGGAGAAGCAUAGGAGGUGUUACUCAGCUGAUAUGGAAAAGAAGCAUAACUACUGGUGUCCAGAAACCAGUCCAGUUUGGGUAAAAUUUAAAACUACUGCAAAGGAGAUUCAUAAAAGUGACCCAGACAUGUGUAGAUCCUUUCGUAAAAUGUUCGAUCAGUUUCACAGCUACAAAAAGUGGAGUAAUGUUGACUCAUUUGUGAAAGCGGUGAGUGAGCGUUUCCAGAAUAUCCACAAUUUGUGGAGGCAUUAUCUGAGCUGUUGAAAGCUUAUUCAACGUAGACACGAAAUACUUAAUAGUUUGUGUUUGUUUCCCUGUACCCCUACCAGUGUUGUGGAAUACAUUUGUUUGCGGGUUUUACUUAAACAUUACUAAAUUGGAGUCAAUUUUUAUUUUCUGUUUGUCCUAAAAUUUUACUAUCCUUUUAACAUAAUGAAUUUGUGAUAUUUUACAUCUAA